AUGCUGGUGGCAUCCAACGUUGUGAGCCAGUUUGAUAGCGAGAUCAGCAAAGAUCUGCGACCGCGGCUAGAGAGGACGGGCGAUCAAGGCCUGCUGCAGCCAUUUCUGGAUUUCUUCAAGGACAAGUCGUUCCAGUUUGGAACGACCCUGCUGUCACUAUGGGAAGAGGACAAUGUGCUGACUGGAGAUCUGUUCCCGCCUGGCUUCAAGGACUUUGCUGAUGCAGAGGUCUCUCAGGACCUUCCCAGUGAGAACUUCUGCCGCGCUCUGUACGAUAUGUACAUUGGGCCUGGGACCAUUGUGCCUGACGGUCGCCAGCAAUUUGCGCAGGGCGUGCUUGAGCUGUUGAAAUUCUGA